CGAAGAUGGCGGCGGCAGCGGCGGCGGGUCCCGGGGCUGCCCUGGCGCCGAGCUCGCUGCUGCUCGUGGUGGGCGGCGAGUGCGGGUGCUCGGGGCUGCUUGCCUACGUGCUGGAGGAGCUCGAGCGAGGCAUCCGGUCCUGGGACAUUGACCCUAGCAUUUGCAACCUUGACGAGCAGCUCAAGGUUUUUGUGUCCCGGCACUCUGCCACCUUCUCCAGCAUCGUGAAAGGCCAGCGGAGUUUGCACCACCGUGGAGACACCCUGGAGACCCUGGUCCUCCUAAAUCCAUCAGACAAGUCCCUAUGUGAUGAGCUCCGGAAUCUUCUGCUUGACCCUGCCCCUCACAAGCUGCUGGUGCUGGCUGGGCCCUGCUUGGAAGAGACAGGGGAGCUGCUGCUCCAGACGGGGGGCUUCUCACCCCGCCACUUCCUCCAGGUCCUAGGGGACAAAGAGAUCCGGGAUCUCCUGGCAUCCUCGCCCCCACCUGCAGACCUGCCCAAGUUGACUAUCACCUGCCCGACCUUUGGUGACUGGGCCCAGCUGGCACCUGAAGUGCCUGGCCUCCAGAGCGCACUCCAGCUGCAAUGGAACCCCCCCAUGCAGCUGCCGGCAUCCGAGGGCCUACGUGAGUUCCUGGAGUAUGUGUCAGAGUCCCUGGAGCCACCAUCUCCCUUUGAGCUGCUUGAGCCGCCGGCAUCUGUGGGCUUCCUCAGGCUCGCCCGGCCCUGCUGCUACAUCUUCCCUGGCGGCCUCGGCGAUGCGGCCUUCUUCGCUGUCAAUGGCUUCACAGUGCUGGUCAACGGUGGCUCCAACCCCAAGUCGAGCUUUUGGAAGCUGGUGCGGCACCUGGACCGGGUGGAUGCUGUGCUGGUGACCCAUGCAGGCGCCGACAGCCUCCCAGGCCUCAACAGUCUGCUGCGGCGCAAGCUGGCAGAGCGUGAGGAGGCAGCGGCUGGUGGGGGCUCCGGGGAUGACCGGCUGCGCAGGCUCAUCUCCCCCAACCUGGGGGUUGUGUUCCUCAAUGCCCGCGUGGCCACCUCCCGUCUGGUGAGCGGUGAGGAUGAGGCAGAGCUGGCCCUGAGCCUCCUGGCCCGGCUGGGCAUCACACCCCUGACUCUGAACCGCGGGCCGCUCCCGGCUGAGCCCACUGUGCUCUUUCAGAAGAUGGGCGUGGGUCGGCUCGACAUGUAUGUACUGCACCCCCCUGCUGCUGGGGCUGAGCACACACUGGCCUCCGUGUGCGCCCUGCUAGUGUGGCACCCCGCAGGCCCCACUGAGAAGGUGGUGCGCGUGCUGUUCCCUGGCUGCACACCACCUGCCCGCCUCCUGGAUGGCCUGGUCCGCCUGCAGCACUUGGGAUUCUUGCGGGAGCCCGUGGUGACUCCCCAGGACUUGGCGGGGCCUCGAAGAGCUGAGAGCAAGGAAAGCGUGGGCUCCCGGGACAGCUUAAGAAGAGAAGGCCGGAUAACAGCACUCACCAGGUCUUCCCAGGAGCGCCCUGGAGUGGCCCGGAAGGACCCGCCUCGAGUUGAGGGCCCCCGCAGGGCUGAGAAAGAAGCCAAGGUCCCCCGAGAGGUGAAGAAGGACCCCAAGCUAAGCGCCCCUCGGACCCAGCCCCGGGAGGUACGCCGGGCAGUCUCCGCUUCUGUUAAUGUGAAGAAGGCGGGUGCCCAGGCGGCCCCCAGACCCCGCAAAGCACCCAGUGUCCCCCGCCCAGGUGCCCCACCAAUGGAGAAUGGGCCCCACAGCCCCCCCAGCUUCCGGUGUGGAGAGGCCAGCCCCCCAGCAGAGGUCUAUAGUUCCCCAACUCCCCAGCUGGUGGCCACACCCAGCCAGGAGAGCAGCCUGGAGCUGGGGCUGAGCCCAGCCGGGGAGGAGAAGACCCUGGAGCUGCUUUUGGAUGCUGGCACGCCCCGGCCUCGCACACCCUCACCUACUGGAGCCCAGCAGGGCCCAACUGAAGGCAGUGGGCGAUUGUCACUGAGCCCGCUGCGCGGCGGGGAGGCUGGGCCAGAUGCCUCACCUACAGUGACCACACCCUCGCUGCCAGCUGAGGUAGGCUCCCCACACUCCACAGAGGUAGACGAGUCCCUGUCCGUGUCCUUCGAGCAGGUGCUUCCGCCACCACCUGCCACUGCGAGCGAGGCUGGGCUGAGCCUCCCACUCCGUGGCCCCCGGGUACGGCGAUCAGCCUCCCCGCAUGAUGUGGACCUGUGCCUGGUGUCACCUUGCGAGUUUGAGCACCGAAAGGCUGUGCCCAUGGCGCCAGCACCCGCAUCCCCCGGCAGCUCAGAUAGCAGUGCUCGGUCCCAGGAGCGAGCGGGUGCUCCAGGGGCCGAGGAGACACCACCCACAUCCGUCAGCGAGUCCCUGCCCACCCUGUCUGACUCAGACCCCCUGCCUGCCGCCUCUGGCACCGCGGACUCAGAUGAGGACAUGGAGGGCUUUGGGGUCCCUCGCCGUGACCCGCUGCCCGAGCCUCUCAAGUUCCCCCCACCGCUGCCCACCCCACCCAGCAUAUGCAUGGUGGACCCUGAGAUGCUGCUCCCUGAGCAGGCACGGCUGACAGAGGGCCUCAGCCGCACCCGGAAGUCCCUGGCUCGCCCCAACCCCAGCACUGCUGCCCCCAAAGCCACUGCAGCGAGCACUGCCAAAACCAAGGGACUGGCUGGUGGAGACAGGGCCAGUCGGCCGCUCAGCACCCGGAGUGAGCCCAGUGACAAGGGAGGUCGGGCACCUCUGUCCAGAAAGUCCUCAGUCCCCAAGACGACCACUCGGGGCCCACCUGGGUCAGCUGGCAGCCGGCCAGGUGGGUCAGCAGCCCCUCCAGGGUCCCCCGUCUACCUUGACCUGGCCUAUCUGCCCAGCGGGAGCAGUGCCCGGCUAGUGGACGAGGAAUUCUUCCGGCGGGUGCGUGCACUCUGCUAUGUCAUCAGUGGCCAGGACCAGCGCAAGGAAGAGGGCAUGCGGGCCGUCCUGGAUGCACUACUCGCGGGCAAGCAGCAGUGGGACCGUGACCUCCAGGUGACCCUGAUCCCCACCUUCGAUUCAGUGGCGAUGCACGAGUGGUACGAGGAGACACAUGCUCGGCACCAGGCGCUGGGCAUCACCGUGCUGGGCAGCAAUAGCACCGUGUCCAUGCAGGACGAGGCUUUCCCCGCCUGCAAGGUGGAGUUCUAGCUCCGUUCCCAACACCCACCCCCUCAGCCCAGAAUCUGCCACUGUCCCGAGAUUCUCCUGCAUCAGAAAUAAACCAGGUACUCCACUCA